AUGGCUGCCACUCAGAAGCUGUACCCGCGAGGGACAGUCAAGCGCAUUGUCAAGGCCCAAUCCAAUCGGACUGUGAGCAAGAACGCCGACAUCCUGAUCUUCCUCGAUUACAUGCUGUUCAUGCAAGAAUUAAUGCGCGAAGCAUCAAUUCGGUCCCAGCGAUCUGGCGAGAAGAAUAUCUCAGCCAAUACAGUGCGCAAAGUCACUGAGGUGCGUCCAUCCCUUUUACAAUCCAAGAGAACAUCGCUGACAGGCAUGGGGUUGUUUCAGAAGACACUUCGCAAGUUCCAAGGAUAG